AGACAUUUACUCCUGGUCAGAUUUCGCUGCUUCACAAUUCCAAAAUGUUUAAAUUCGUUUUGGCUCUCACUGCAUGUUACAUUGUCGCAGAAUGCCAAUACACCAACCCGAACAAAGCUUGUGAUCGUUUGUGGACUUGUCUUGAAAUUUAUCCUGGUUGUCCGACUAGGGUUACCGACGAGGCAACAUACACUUGGUACUGUCAAAAAGGAACCAACUUCACCUCCUGUUAUGCAGCAUCAAAAGAUGAAUGCAAAAACAAAACAAUUGUGAAUAUUGUAAAAGAAAUGGUUCUUGUCACAGAGCACCUAUGUUCCACAAUGGAGAAAGAUGAUUUUCUUGCUGUAGUUCUUUCCGAAUGUUUUACAGACCAGACUAUAAGGGAUCAGGUGUAUCAAGCUGUUAUCAUUUGUGAGUACAUUCUCAACGCCCAGCGUGAUAGUGCUAUCACAAGUGGUUCUACUGGCGUUGAUUGCAAAGUGGUUGAACAGUAUUCCGCUUGUUACUUGAAAAGCUACACAGACCAUUGCGGGCAGAAAAUUGGAGUUUUACGACACAAGAUGUUCAGCGUGCUACUUCCAAUGCGUUUUGAAUCCAGCAAUUGCGGCAACCUGACGGAGAACUUGUUGACAGAAAAGCUCAGUUAAACAUGUUUGUUUAAUGUACCUUUUCAAAACAGAUUAUAUUUGUAUGUACUA